CAUCUUGCAAUCAGCACCCAGAGCGACGUCUAGCCACAUGAAGGACGGCAAGCGAAUCCCCUUCGUGACGGUUGUAACGGACCUCGGGGAGGCGCAUCCUUGGUGGUUCAACAAAGGGCUGGACAAGAUGUUUGUUCCAAUCGAAGAGAUGAAGGCGCAGGCGUUGGAGUUUGGACUGAAGGAAGAGCAAGUCUCGGUCUGUGGGCUUCCGCUCCGUAAGGGUUUCUGGAACAUCGACUCUAGCAAGAAGAACAAGGAGCUGAUGCGGGACAAGCUUGAGCUCAAACAGGACUGGCGAGUUGUCAUCCUGAUCGGAGGAGGAGAUGGAAUGGGCAAACUCAAAGAAUGUGCCAUGUCUUUCUUCGCUCUCAAGUCAAGCGGAAGGAUGCAGAAGCUGCAGAUCGUGAUCAUCUGCGGAAAGAACGAGAAGCUGCAGAAGCAGCUGACGUGGGAGGCAGAGAAAGUAAAGCAGGGGCUUACUGAAUGUGACAUCCGCAUCCUCGGAUUCGUGUCGAACAUGGAGGAGUGGAUGAUCGCCGCUGAUGUCCUCGUGACCAAGGCUGGUCCCGGCACUAUCGCAGAGGCCUGCUGCUGUGGCCUUCCCGUGCUGCUCUUCGACUUCCUCCCGGGGCAGGAGGAAGGCAACGUGACGUUCGUGGAGAGCAGUGGGAUGGGCGAGUUUGUCAAGGAUACGACGAAAGUAGGAGGCAGGUGCCUUGACUGGCUUGAGGACGAGGAGGGGCUGGUCCGCAUGCAGCAGGCAAGCUUCAAGCACGCCGAGAGGAACAGCACAGCAGCAAUGAAGAUCGCGAAGCAGACGCUAGACGUGAUCUUGGAUGAGGAGCAGCAGCAGAGCAUCGACGAGAGCGUCAGCGAGUGGGCAGGGAGGAAGAAGGAGACGAUCGGGGCCCCCGCUGCCUCCAAGUUUGUCUAUAAGUCAAGCUGGUGGUCCUGGUUCAGCCCGGCAAACUUGACCCAGGCUCCGAGCUGGUGGAGAGAAACAGAAGUGAAGGAAUAACAGGAACAAGUUUCACGUGUCUCCUGUCUCUGGUCUCCUCUCCUCUCUCCUCACCCUUUUUUGUGUUUUCCUUAAUCUCACAUGAGAUUAUUUUUCCCCUGUACAAACAUAAAGAUGUUUACAGCAA